AUGAUUCCGAUUCCACCUCUCUUGUUAUUUCCAGGCCUCAUUGUCAGAUUUUCUGUAUUAUUUACGAAUUCUUAUUUAGUUUAUAAAACCAUAUUACAUGAUAAUACAACGAAAAGACAUUCAUUAGAACGUCUGAACAGUCAAAAUUAUUUUAAAGAAUUUUUGAAACAUAAAAGAUCAAUUGAAACUCUUAUCUUUGAAACCUCAAAUAAAUCCAGAAUCACUGCUGAAUUGUUUUUAAAUUUAUUUUUCUUUGCCUCUAUAUUAUAUGAACGAAUAAACCAUAUGAAAUUUCAAAAUUUUCAUUUUAAACAUAUUUCUACAAGAAUAAUAAAUACUGAAUUCAACAAAAUUCAUUUCUAUUCCAAAUACAAUCAACCUUAUAAAAUAACAAACAAUAGAAUAGACGAAAACACAUACUCUUCGUUAUUUUCCUGUCGAUCAAAUAGAAUGAUUAACAAUGAUAAUUUAUCUCAAUCUCUUAAUUUUGAAGUUUAUAAAAUAAUAGAAAGUUCACUUUCUAUUUACCAUAAUCAGUUUUAUAAAGUGCCAUCUCCAAAUGAGAAUCGUAUUAUAAGCUUGCAUUACAGUGAUUACUCUCCUUCGGAUAUAGAAAUUUUAUUUUCUGAAUUUCAAUCUUCUUUACAAACACAAGUAACGAAUCAAUGUAACUCCAUUUUUAGCUAUUCAGAACAAAUUCCAACUGAAUGUAGAAAAAAUAAAAUCAUUCUGAUUAACAACAUCCAAGAUACUGAAACAAAAAGUAUAAAUCAAGAACCAGAAAAGAUUACAAAACCAAAUAUGAGCGAUAAUAAAAUAGUUUACACACCUAUGGAUUUUGUUAUCAAAGAAUCAAAUCAAAUCGACCAAGUUGAUGAACUAAUAAAUAAAACAAAACUUUUAAAAGAUGAAAUUGAAGGAUUUCUGUCUGAAGUUCAGAAACUGGGGAUAUGGCUAAUGAAUUUAGAAUCUUCCCACCGGAUAAUAAAAGAAAUAAAAGCUUUAAGAAACCGCUGUGAAAAUAUCGGAACAAUACGAUGCCUUCAUGGUGUCAACGCUUAA